AGCCAUGGGCUAGAGGCAACGCUAAACUCGCUAACUCGUUAUUAAAUCGGGCGGGUCGAACCGGAUGGUCCAGUCUUGGACCGGGUUCGGAUGAGAUCCGAGUCCACAAUCUCUAGUAUUGACUCAGCCUAUAUCCCCUUCCGAGUCAACGCGCGAGAACGAGAAUCAGCGGCGAUCGAGAUGGAGGCCCCCCGAGGGGAUGGAGCGCGGUAGGGCAAGAAAACCUCCGAUUCUGAGCCAAAUCUUCUCUCAGUUUGUCAGGAGGCUGUAAAUUUCCAUGCUGUUCAACAUGUUCCAUUUUUAUCCUUUGUUAUCUUCCGUUGUUUCUGCCGAGGACUUGUGUUUCUUUUGGCACAUUUUGGAUUGAUUAUGUUUGUCAGUUAAAGCAGGUUUAAGUGAGAGUUUUCAGCUUUGCUCAAGGGUUUUGUUUGGAGAAUAUACCUGUUUCUUGGCUCCCGGAUUUGCAAAGUGGAGGUGUUAUUCAUCAAGGAAUCUGCAAUAGUAGAAAUACCAGAAUAUCAACCAAGCAAAGUACAAUACACAAGAAGCAAGGAACUGGUGAUUUUUCAGGCUGUAUGAAUUUUUUUCAACUUCCACUAUAUUGAGGUCUUUUUGUGGAUAUCUCCACCUUAGAGAUCUUAGUAUAUAUAUUGCUGGAUGGCUUCAGGUCAGGGCAUGGUUCACCUUGACAUUUCACUUGUGAAGUCUUGAUGUCAAAACAAUAUUACGCUCAUCUUAAAAUCUCCACAACACUACAUAAUAUUUGUGAUGGAUUAAUCUGGCAGAAAGUUGGCAUGAACUGGAGCAGUUUUAUCGUAGGUGUACUCUUUUUUCCAAUUUUGUAGAAGCUAGAUCAUAGGGUGCAAAAGGCUGAAGCUGUUGUGCUACAUGCUUAAUGGUUGAAGAGAUGGUUCCGCUUCGUUCAACAGGGCUUACCGACCCUGGAUGGGAACAUGGUGUUGCUCAAGAUGAGAGGAAGAAAAAGGUAAAGUGCAAUUACUGUGGGAAAAUAGUAAGCGGGGGAAUAUACAGAUUGAAGCAGCAUUUGGCUAGAAUUUCUGGUGAAGUUACAUACUGUAAAAAGGCUCCUGAAGAGGUGUAUAUGAAAAUGAAAGAAAAUCUUGAAGGAUACAGGGCUAGCAAAAAACGACAAUCAGAGGAUGAAGAGCAAUCUUUUGAUUUACAUUCAAAUGAUAACAACGAAGAGGAUGAAGAACCUGUUGGUUAUAGACGCAAGGGAAGGCAGAUCGGAAAUGAUCAAAGCUUGGUCACAUUUAUAACCCCACUACGGUCAUUAGGGUAUGUUGACCCAGGAUGGGAACAUGGUGUUGCUCAAGAUGAGAAGAAAAAGAAGGUAAAAUGCAAUUAUUGUGAGAAAAUAGUUAGUGGGGGUAUAAACCGGUUCAAACAGCAUUUAGCUAGAAUUCCUGGGGAAGUUGCAUACUGUAAGAUGGCUCCUGAGGAAGUAUAUCUUAAAAUGAAAGAAAAUAUGAAAUGGCAUCGCACAGGAAGGAGAAGAAGGCCUGAAGCCAAAGAACUUGCGGUGUUCUAUAUGCAUCCAGACAAUGAUGUGGAAGAAGGGAUUGCAAAUGGUAAAAACAAAGCAAAUCGUAUGAUUGGUGAUCAAGAUGUUUCUUGUAGUAAAACCAUAAGAAAAAGAUCUAAAGGGAGGUCACUGGAAAGUGGUACAAGUGAUACUGAGCGACAACAGAAACAGAUGAAUUUGGAUGCUGUAAUUGCAAAGACACAGAAAAGCCAGGUCCCAUUAUUGUACAAGCAAUCAAAACAAAAGGCAGGGUCUGAAAAAAAGAGCCGUAAAGAAGUAAUCUCCGCAAUCUGCAAAUUUUUCUAUUAUGCUGCAAUACCUUUCAAUGUCGCAGAUUCUCCAUACUUUCACAAGAUGCUCGAUUUGGUUGGUCAAUAUGGACAUGGAUUAAAAAGCCCUACAACCAGAUUAAUUUCUGGUCGAUGCCUGCAGGAUGAAGUUGGAAGUAUUAAAGAAUAUCUUGUAGAAAUCAAGGCUUCUUGGGCUACAACUGGGUGUACAAUUAUCGCAGAUAGUUGGAAAGAUGUGCAUGGAAAGACAAUAAUCAAUUUCUUGGUAUCUUGCCCUAGAGGGACAUACUUCAUUUCCUCGAUUGAUGCAUCUGAUAUAAUCAAAGAUGUUACAAGUCUUUUUAGCCUCUUGGACAAAGUUGUGGGGGAGGUAGGCGAGGGCAAUGUUGUACAGGUAAUCACAGAAAAUACUGCAAACUAUAAAGCUGCUGGGAAGAUGCUAGAGGAGAAGAAGAGAAGUUUAUUUUGGACGCCCUGUGCUGCCUACUGCAUUGAUCAAAUUCUUGAGGAUUUUGUGGAGAUAAAAUGGGUCAGAGAGUGCAUUGACAAAGCCCAACAAAUUGCUAAAUUUAUUUAUAACCGCAUGUGGUUGUUGAACCUCAUGAAAAAGGAAUUUACAGCUGGAAAGGAACUUCUUAGACCAGCUGUUACAAAGUUCGCAACCAGCUUUCUUACUUUACAAAGCUUGCUGGAUCAUAGGGCUGCUCUCAGAAGAAUGUUCCAAUCGAAUAAAUGGAUUUCGUCCCAAUUAGGAAAAUCAGAUGAGGGCAAAGAAGUUGAAAAAAUUGUCUUCAACUCCACAUUCUGGAAGAAGAUGCAAUAUGUAAAAAAAUCUGUUGAUCCUGUUGUACAGAUGCUUAAAAAAGUUGAUAGCAAUGAAGGCUUGUCCAUGCCAUCUAUUUAUAAUGACAUCUACCGAGCUAAGCUUGCUAUUAAAGCCAUCCAUGGUGAUGAUGAACGAAAAUAUGGUCCCUUCUGGAGUGUAAUAGACAACCAUUGGAGUGCUGUUUUUCACCAUCCUCUAUAUGUUGCAGCUUACUUCCUUAAUCCAUCAUACCAUUAUCGUCCAGAUUUCAUGGCGCAACCAGAGGUGAUCCGAGGUCUAAAUGAAUGCAUUACUCGACUGGAACCAGAUAAUGGAAGAAGAGUUUCUGCUGCUUCGCAGAUUUCUGAUUUUGAUUUUGCUAAAGCUGAUUUUGGAACUGAACUGGCUUUGAGUACAAGAAUGGAGCUGCAUCCAGCUGCAUGGUGGCAACAACAUGGGAUAAAUUGUCUUGAAUUGCAACGAAUUGCCAUUCGGAUAUUGAGCCAGACAUGCACGUCCUUUGGUUGUGAGCACCAUUGGAGUAUAUUUGAUCAAAUUCAUAGUACAAGGCAUAACCGCUUGGCUCAGAAAAGAUUAAAUGAUUUUGCUUAUGUCCAUUACAACUUGCGUCUUCGAGAGCGGCAAUUAAAGAGAACUACUGAUGACUCCAUAUCUCUUGACAGCGGCAUGCUAGAGAGCUUACUAGAUAAUUGGGUUGUUGAGUCUGAGAAGCCAUCUUUGCAAGAAGAUGAGGUACCAGAGAUUCUUUAUAAUGAGGCGGAGCAAGGAGAGGCAUAUGAAAAUGAGGUGAAUGAGAAUGAGGAGUCAGAUAUAGCGUCAAGGAAAGCUCAUACAGAAAUUGCAGCAUUUACCGAAAUAGUUGAGCCAUUAGAGGUUCAUCCUGCCACUAUGGGUGCUACAGCUGAUGAAGAUGAUGCUGAUCUUGAUUUCCUGGAGGAUGAUUUGAGUGAUUAGUCAAUGUUUUUGGCUCAUUACUUCUAAAUGAAUUGUCUUAGAAAAGGAGCUUCACAGUAACCAGUUAUUAGUUGUAAAUUAAUUGUCUUAGAAGAAGAGCUUCGAGGAACCAGUUUUUGCUUGUUUUAAUUGUUCUGCAAAUGAGUCCGCUGAUGUAAUUUGUCAUGUAAUUUGUGAGUAAAAAAGUAAAAUAUUCAUCAAAAUAAAUUGAAGUAUCUGUGCCUGUCACUGUCUUCGUA